ACGUCAUCACGUCAUCGUCACGUCCUCGCAACGACCUGCAGACGGAAUCCUUGUCGGAGCAAAAACAGGAACUGCUAUAUUAGUAUAUACAGUAGACGUUUAGAUAUAUCUAAAUUAAGUGUGUGGACCAUCAGUCUCUUUGCUAUGUCCUCUAUGUCUCUGUCUACAUUAACCCACCCCGCCAUGUCCUCAUCGUUGUGAUCUCCUCCUAAAGAUCUCCUUCCUGAAGCUCACCGUCCUGUUGGGUAUCUCCUGUAGAGCGUGUCCUUGUGAGGGAUCAUCAGUCUGUCAAUGAGGAACUACCGGCUCAUCUUCUGCCACAACCUGAAGCAGCCAUAGACCGUCUCUGAGGAGCUCUGGACUACAGUUACAAGACGUCUCCUUAGGGUUGGGGUGGUGAGGAGGAGGAGGAGGACACCAUGAGAAAGAGUGUGUCUUGGUUGCCAGGCAGCGAGGGCGUUAGGUCAUCCACCCAGGUGUUUGGGGUGGCCCUGGAGGAAGUCACGCACACGCGAACGUCGUGUGGACAAGAUGUCCCCCUGCUGGUGCAUCACAUCGUGCAGUACAUCGAGGACCACGGGCGUCUGGACCUGGAGGGCCUGUUCCUGGUCAAUGGUAACGCAGAGCGAGUGGAUUGGCUGCGGCAGCGCUAUGACAGCGGUGAAGGGGUGGAGCUUGAGGAGGAGGCGGAUCUGGCGGCGGCCGUCAGUCUGCUGAGACUCUUCCUGCAGGAGUUACCUGAGCCACUGGUCGCCAUAGAGAUACAGACGCACCUGCUCAGCCUCCACCAAGACUACAGCAGUGAGGAGGAGGUCUUCCGCCACAUGAAGUUCCUCCUCCAGCAGCUCCCCCAGCUGAGCUACGGACUCCUCCGCUUCCUGCUCCGCUUCCUGGGCCGCGUGGCGUCGGUGCAGCGGGAAGCCUGGCCCCCCGGGGCCCUGGCCACCGUCUUUGGCCCCGACAUCUUCCAUCUGUGGACGGGGGGGGAGGACCCCCGGGGCCAGGAGGCACUCAGCCGGGUGGUGACGGACCUGCUGCAGCACCAGGACGGCCUGUUCGACUCGGACGACGACGACGACCUUUCCUCCACCAACGACCACAGCUCCACCAACGAGCAGGAGGAUGAUAGACUUGAUGCUCAGGGGGAGGAGCUUCCUCGGGACCCUGAGGAGAUGUUCCACAGUGGAGAGAGGGCCCACGGUUGCUAUGGCGAUGAAGAGGAUGGUCCCUGUGCUGCUGAUGGGGAAACCCUGCUGGUCCAGGAGGACAGGGGUUUUGGCACCGCCCUAGAGGACAACGGCAGUAUGGACACGCGCCUUCAAGAGGCCAACAUCGGUCGGGGCGGCCCGGGCUUUGAACAGAUGGACCAUAGCAGCACCAUCGACCUGAGCCCCUCCCCCUGCAACCAGAGCUCCUCCCACUGCGACCAGAACGCCAACAGGAGAGACCUUGACCCAUGUGGACCAGAAGGAGGCCACUCCAAACUACAGCUUUUCCCCGGCAGCGGGCUGGAAGAUCCGGUGCCGGCCUAUCAGAGGUGGCAGGAGGAUGGUGGGGGAGGGGAGGCCCAGCUCUCCCCCCUGGCCAGUCGUAUGCUCCCCAUACCGUCGCCCUCCCUGGACGGGGAGGAGUCCUGCUCCUCCUCCUCCUCCUCCUCCCACCACCACCUGCUGGCCAAGCGCUUCCUGGACUUCGGGGCCCACAGCACCCGACGCUUCCUGAUGCACGAGCCCGACCUGUUCCACCCCUCCAGGAGCCACAGGCCGCGGCGUGCGUCCUUUAGCUCCAAGGAGGCGCUCCGGGCCAGCGACGCCAGCGCCCACCAGCUCUCCAAGAAGCUGCAGCACCUGAAGAAGAAGAUGAAGCAGUUUGAAGAGCAGUUUGAAAGGGAGAGGAAUUACAAGCCUUCUCAUGGAGAUAAGGCAGCAAACCCAAAAGUCCUCAAGUGGAUGACAGACCUGACCAAACUCCGCAGGCAGAUUAAAGAUGCCAGACACCGUGCUGAGAGUGAAGGCCACAACCGUCCCCGGAGCAACACUCUGCCCAAGAGCUUUGGGUCCACGCUCGAGCAGGACACCGCGGCCGAGGGGAAGGGCCACCGGCCCACCAGAGAGGAGACCCUGGAGCUGGUCCAGUGGCGGCUGAGGGGGAGGAAGCAGGACGAAGGCUGGCCCGACGACAUCAAGAAAAUGACGAAGGAGCAGCUGAGCUGUGAGAAGACGGCUCUGCAGAAGAACCUGCUGCACUAUGAAGGCCUGCACGGACGGCCUGUUUCCAAGUCUGAGCGUUCGGUGGUGAAGCCGUUGUACGAUCGCUACAUUCUGGUGAAACAGAUGCUAACCAGAGCUAGCCUCGUACCGCUUACAGUAUCGCCCUCCAGUAAGAGGCGGGGCCAAACUCUACAGCCAAUCAUUGAAGGAGAAACGGCUCAUUUCUGUGAUGAGCUCAAGGACGGUGUGGAGGAGGAAGGAGAGAGGAGAGAAGGCGAGACGCCCAGCUCACAGAUCAUCAUGACCCUUGACCCCACCCCCUUAACUGACAGGCCAAUCCAAGGAGACAACUCGUGUGAUGACCAGAGUGAUCGGCCAAUUAUUGACAGGAACAAAAUGGAGGAGGAGUCUGGAAAGACGGACCACCGGCUGUCUGCCCACUCCUCCAGCAUUCCAGAGUUGGUGGAGCAGCUAUGGAAGGCUCGAUCAGAGAAGAAGAGGCUUCGGUCGACCAUUAAAGAGUUUGAGGAGGAUUUCUACCAACACCACGGCAGGCGGGUGCAGAAGGAGGAGCGGGCCGCCUUAUUGGACGAGUACCGAGAAUACAAGAGGAUCAAGGCAAAGCUCCGCCUCCUGGAGGUCCUCAUCAGUAAACAAGACUCCUCCAAAUCCAUAUAGCCCCGCCCCCUGGACUAGCCCUGCCCCUGGACCCCUGCCAAUAAUCCAGCCGGAGCCUCCACUAGCCCCUCCCCUGGGACUUGCCCCGCCCCCGGGAAGAGAGCCGCCAUUUGUCAUUCGUUUUUUUUAAACGGUGUGAUGUAGAUAAGAUGAUGUUGAACGAAAUUGCUCAACCACUGAUCCUAACAUGUUAAUAUAACAUGUUAAUAUAACUGUUGAUAUUCCUACGAGCACUACUAGCUAUCCAUGUAUAUACAAGUAUUUUAUAUUAGUAGAUGUACGUGUAUAUGUAUACGUAUGUAUAUGUACAUACAUGUAUACAUGUAUGUUUGUAUGUACAUAUACAAAUGUAUGUAUUUAUAUAUAUAUGUGUAUGAAUAUAUAUGUGCGUAGUUAUAUAUGUGUGUAAAUAUUUAUGUAUAAACACAGGAAGGAAGUAAUCCCUGAAAUGUUUAAAUUAUUCCACAUUCAAACGUUUGUUCCAUUGUAUCUGUCGCUUCAUUUGUACUUUUCUACCUUUAAUUUGACUAAGCAGAAUCGACCAAUACAAUGCGUAACAUAACUAGCAUUCACACAUACAAGCCUACCAGUUAAUUUAGCUGCAGUAGGCUGCAGCCAGUUAGCUGUGAUGGCUAUGUUUGUCCACUUUAUCAGUUUUCUGUGCGGUAGUAAUUAAUGAGUUCAGAUGUGUAAUUAGCCUGCAUUACGCAACAUAGCACCUACUCAAUAGUAUGAGGAACAUUUAUAUUAUUGGUGAAUAAUAAGCAAUAAUAUGAAAAAUCACUUUAAUAUGCCUCUAAAUAAACCUGUAUGUGAAGGCU